CAAGCUCCCGCUCUGAUUGGCUCCUAUACGAGGAAGCUCACGGCUUCUUUCAACUAAUAAGCGCCUCCCCGUCGCUCUAAAGGACAUUAUAAUGCAAGGGACCUCCUUUUUUAACCACAAACUGAAUUUUCGUUCAUUUAGACAAUAUACUUUUUUAAAUUGCCCCAAAGUUACGGGAUUUUUUUCGGAGCGCCUUUCGCCCUGGAGCGAUACGCGAUGCUCUCUCACGCCGACCUCCUGGAUGCUCGGCUCGGUGAGUUAUCAUCACUAAACUCCGGCCCGAAACUCCAGUGGAUGAAGGAUGCUGCGGAGCUCCUCGGGCAUAGAGAAGCUCUCAAGUGCCGACUGGGGGGUGGGGUUCCGGACCAGGGGCAUCCGGGAGACAUGGCCCCUGGUUCGGACUCCGUAGAGGGAACCACUCUCCUGCCGGGGGAAGAUAUCACCACCGUGGGGUCCAACUCUGCUGGCAUGCCGGUGAACGGGAAACAGGAGCAGGAGAAGCAGCAGCAGCAGCAGCAGCAGCAGCAGCCACAGCAGAGCUCCGGUCAGUCCGCCAGCCAGCAGAAACAGAAGCGGCACAGGACGCGCUUCACCCCGGCGCAACUCAACGAGCUGGAGCGCAGUUUCGCCAAGACCCAUUACCCCGAUAUCUUUAUGAGGGAGGAGCUGGCGCUAAGGAUCGGCCUCACCGAGUCCAGAGUUCAGGUUUGGUUCCAGAACAGACGCGCUAAGUGGAAGAAAAGAAAGAAGACCACCAACGUGUUCCGCGCCCCAGGGACGCUGCUCCCGACGCCUGGCCUGCCGCAGUUCUCCGCAGCGGCCGCAAUGGAGAACAGCCUGUGCUCGUUUCACGCCAACGACUCGCGCUGGGCCACCGGGAUGCCCGGGGUCUCCCAGUUGCAGCUCCCGCCGGCCCUGGGUCGUCAGCCGGGCAUGGCGCAGUCCCUCUCGCAGUGCAGCCUGGGUCCCGGUCCGCCGCCAAACUCAAUGGGCCUCUCUAACGGCCUGUCCUCCAACGGCUCCGGCCUGCAGUCCCACCUCUACCAGUCGCCUUUCCCUGGAAUGUCGGCGUCCCUCUCCGGCCCCACGAACGUAUCGGGCUCCCCGCAGCUGUGUAGCUCCCCGGACAGUGAUAUGUGGAGAGGGACAAGCAUCGCGUCACUUAGGCGCAAAGCGCUGGAGCACACAGUGUCAAUGAGUUUCACUUAGUGACUUUUCAGCUCACCUCAUCCUGCUCCUCACGGCUUCUUGUCCCAGAUCCGCCCUGCGCCUUUCUUCUGUUUUUACUCCUGCUACUUAGAAAUGAGGAAACAGGACGGAGACGAACAAGACAAAUGGACAAGAUCGGGAAAAAA